UGUGUGUGACGAUGCUGCUGGUGGCCUGUGUGGAGAGGGCAAGCUGCUCACUGCUGAUAGGCGCCUUCAACAUCAAGUCCUUUGGGGACAAGAAAGCAUCCAACGUCACUUUAAUGGACAUCAUUGUGAAGAUUGUGCAGAGGUAUGACAUCGUGCUCAUUCAGGAAGUGCGUGACAUUGACCUGUCUGCCACGAACACCCUCAUGAGGAAACUCAACAGUGGAUCCCAGCACGUUUACCGUCACAUAGUGAGUGAUCCACUGGGACGGAGCACUUACACCGAGCGCUACCUCUUCAUCUACAGAGAUGAAAGGGUGGCGGUGAUUGACAGCUAUCACUAUGACGACGGGUGUGAGCCCUGCGGCAACGACACCUUCAACAGAGAGCCUUUCGUGGUGAAGUUCUCCUCUCCUCACUCAGCUGUCAGAGAGUUCGCUGUCGUUCCCCAGCACACUUCUCCCAGCUGUGCCAUGCAGGAAAUCGACGCUCUCUACGACGUCUGCACGGAUUUGGUGUCACGGUGGCAGACAGACGACAUUUUGCUGAUGGGAGACUUUAAUGCUGGCUGCUCCUACAUAACGCCCUCCAAAUGGCCCCGGAUCAGGCUGCGCACGGACCCCCGGUUUGAGUGGCUCAUCCCUGACAGUGCAGACACCACCGUCACCAACACACAGUGCCCGUACGACAGGAUCGUUGCCAGUGGAUCAGCCAUGAAGAACACAGUCUCUCCUGGGUCCUCCGUGGUCUACGACUUCCAGACCGUACUGAAAUUAACUCAAGAUCAAGCUCUUGCUGUCAGCGACCACUUCCCAGUCGAAGUCAUCCUUCUGUCAUGA